AUGUGUCAUGGCUUAGAGCUGGCCAGAUCAUUCAUAUUCCGUGGGAACUGCUCAUCUUUCCUUACACAAUCACACAUCCAUCCCAAACCUUUCGCCGAGCCAGAUAUUCCGCCUGGACGUCAAUCAAUAGAAACUAACCUUGCCCCUACCCACCGGGAUCAACCUGACAUCAAAACUUUCGAAUAUUCGCUACCUGUAUACGAUGAUGCCGACAGCACUAUCGAGGGCUAUGGCGCUCAAGAAGGCCGGCACACUCCCUACCAUUGGAUCGGUGCUGCAUGCUAUGCACACUUUACGUGCCCUAAACUCUCCGGAGACCGGGCCCAGAUAUCUUCGCCACAGCUUGAUCUUGAUGCAAACGACACAAUUCAGUGGCAGUCACUUGCAGAUUCGCAGAUAGAGUCCCCUCUCGACUUCCAAGACAGGUAUGUUGCAUUCUAUGGUGCUGAUACUAAAUCGGACGACGAUACCAUCUUAGAUACAGGAAGUCCUAUGAGAGAAGAAGACGAUGAAACCACAGCCACGAGCGAGCUUAGCGAUGAAGAUCUGCGAGAGGCGCUCAUCUUGGCCAAUAACCGUAUCGGCACAAACUUCAACAUCCAAGAGAUCGAAGAUGAUAUCCCUCUGGCGGUCUUGCGCAGAGGUACCAAAACCCAGCUCGCAGAUAUAUUGACGCAGUUGUGUACUGGGAAGGCGUCCGAGAGCGAUGAGGACAAUGGAAGAGAGGUAAGCUCUCAGCAGCUUAACGAGCUUAACGAGGAUGACUCCAGUGAUACAACGUCCCGGCAGAAUGGAGACGCAGCUCUACAUAUUUCAUUCUACUGUCUUGACUGCCAUCAAGUCUUCGAAAGCGCAGGCCAUCUACGACAACAUAUGGUCGUUCACACCAUCAACCACCACAUGUGCUCAAUAUGCGGCAAAAUUCUCGGGAAUCGAAUUAGUCGCCGAAUUCAUGAGCAAAAGCAUUGGGAAACUGAUAGCCAGCGAGAUGAGAGACUUCAAAAGGCGAAGGUAGCGAGAGAUAAAUCGCGGGCCAGUCAAAAAGAAAAGAAGAGGCGAUUUGACAGAGUUCCCCAGGUCUUGGAAUAG